GGAAGCUGAUUCAGACAGACGGGGCUCUGAGGUUGGGGAGCGGACCAGACGCCGGCAGCAAUGAGCACCCAGUUCAACAAGGGCCCGUCCUACGGCUUGUCUGCAGAAGUUAGGAACAGGUUGGCACAGAAAUAUGAUCCUCAGAAGGAGGCAGAACUUCAAGUCUGGAUUGAAGAGGUCACUGGAAUGUCCAUUGGGCCAGAUUUCCAGAAGGGGUUAAAAGAUGGCGUCAUUUUAUGCGAACUUAUGAACAAGCUGAGGCCAAAGACCAUCCCAAAAAUUAAUGUCUCCAAGCAAAACUGGCAUCAGCUUGAAAAUCUUUCCAACUUCAUCAAAGCCAUGUCUACUUAUGGAAUAAAAUCUGUGGAUCUGUUUGAGGCAAAUGACCUUUUUGAAAAUGGGAAUAUGACUCAAGUCCAGGUGUCUUUGCUGGCGCUGGCUGGGAUGGCCAAGACCAAAGGUCUCCACAGUGAUGUGGAUAUUGGAGUGAAAUACUCAGAGAGACAAGAGAGAAACUUUGAUGACAACGUAAAAAAAGCAGGACAGUGUGUUAUAGGACUGCAGAUGGGCACUAAUAAGUGUGCCAGCCAGUCUGGAAUGACUGCCUACGGAACAAGAAGGCAUCUGUAUGACCCAAAGCACAGUAUCUUGCCACCUAUGGACCAUUCCACAAUAAGCCUUCAAAUGGGCACUAACAAAGGAGCCAGUCAGGUGGGGAUGACCGCUCCUGGGACAAGAAGACACAUUUACGAUACAAAGACAGGCACUGAAAAGUGUGACAAUUCUUCCAUGUCCCUGCAGAUGGGAUCUAAUCAGGGAGCCAACCAAAGCGGCCAGAUAUUUGGCCUAGGCCGUCAGAUCUAUGAUCCCAAAUAUUGUCCAAAGGGCAAUCCUGACAGUCUGCCGAAUCAGUACGAGGACCAGGAUCACCAGGAGUAUGGCUACAAUCAGGAACAAGACUUGUAAUUCUAGUGUGUGGGCUGCUCAAUGCAAGAUGCCACAAAUCAGACCAAACUGCCUUGUCAGAACCUCCAAUUAUGUGGAUUAGAAAUGUACCUAGUGUUUUUUAUUUAGAAUUUGUUCAUUUUUAUUUUAUUUUUUAAACUGUAAUUGAGGAACAAGAUUUAAAGUGCCUGAAGGGGAAAUGUCAUUCAGCCAUUGUAUAGAGUGGUAUGUUUUAACUUUACCAGUGCCUUAUAGCUCUCAGGGCACACAAUAUUACACAUACCCUUUCUUAUGGGUCCUCGCAAAAUCACGACAGUGUACCCCUUGUUUGGAAGUACUUUUGAUGUAUUAAACGGGUUGUGCCAGUAAUAACACUAAGUGU